AUGCACAAUGCUCACUUUGUAGGCUCGAAAACUCCAUCAGAACUGUUUAUCAUUCCGACUGAAGCAAGGGAGGUAAGUUUAACCAUAUUUUCUGAGGGCUACCUUGCCUUGGCAUUGUAAUCUUGAUUGAAUGUUGACAGUCUCAUUGAUGGCCAUUGAAAAUGACAUUGCUGCUUUUGCUUUCCACAGAUAACAGAGAUUCCAAACAUUGUACCAGAGGAGGCGAUUAUUGAGGAGCAGAUAGUGGAGUUCAGUGUCACCAUAGCAGACCCUGGCUACAGUGAACUUGUUCUGAGUGACCCUGCAGCUCCCCAGUACCAUGACAUCACACGCGAUCUCCAUGAUACGGUGAGGCAAACUGAGAAGAAAUGUCCUUGAAAAGUCUUAAAGGCCCAGUGCAGUCAAAAGUUUUAGAACACCUACUCAUUCAAGGGUAAUUAUUUAUUUUAACUAAUUUCUACAUUGCAGAAUAAUAGUGAAGACAUCAAAACUAAGAAAUAACACAUAUGGAAUCAUGUAGUAACCAAAAAAGUGUUAAACAAAUCAAAAAUAUAUUUUAUAUUUGAGAUUCUUUAAAUAGCCACCCUUUGCUUUGAUGACAGCUUUGCACAUUCUUGGCAUUUUCUCAACCAGCUUCAUGAGGUAGUCACCUGGAAUGCAUUUCAAUUAACAGAUGGAACUUCUUAAAAGUUAAUUUGUAAAAUGUAUUUCCUUCUUAAUGCGUUUGAGCCAAUCAGUUGUGUUGUGACAAGGUAUACAGAAGAUAGCCCUAUUUGGAAAAAAACCAAGUCCAUAUUAUGGCAAGAACAGCUCAAAUAAGCAAAGAGAAACAACAGUCCAUCAUUACUUUAAGACAUGAAGGUCAGUCAAUACGGAACAUUUCAAGAACUUUGAAGGUUUCUUUAAGUGCAGUCGCAAAAACCAUCAAGCGUUAUGAUGAAACUGGCUCUCAUAAGGACCACCACGGGAAUGGAAGACCCAGAGUUACCUCUGCUGCAGAGGAUAAGUUCAUUAGAGUUACCAGCCUCAGAAAUUGCAGCCCAAAUACAUGUUUCACAGAGUUCAAGUAACAGACACAUCUCAUCAUCAACUGUUCAGAGGAGACUGCCAAAUUGGAGAUUUUUGGUUCCAACCACCGUGUCUUUGUGAGAUGCGGUGUGGGUGAACGGAUGAUCUCCACAUGUGUAUUUCUCACCGUAAAGCAUGGAGCAGGAGGUUUAACCAGCAUGGCUACCACAGCAUUCUGAAGCGAUACGCCAUCCCAUCUGGUUUGCGCUUAGUGGGACUAUCAUUCAUUUUUCAACAGGACAAUGACCCAACACACCUCCAGGCUGUGUAAGGGCUAUUUUUCCAAGAAGGAGAGUGAUGGAGUGCUGCAUCAGAUGACCUGGCCUCCACAAUCCCCCGACCUCAACCAAAUUGAGAUGGUUUGGGAUGAGUUGGACCGCAGAGUGAAGGAAAAGCAGCCAACAAGUGCUCAGCAUGUGUGGGAACUCCUUCAAGACUGUUGGAAAACAUUUCAGGUGAAGCUGGCUGAGAGAAUGCCAAGAGUGUGCAACGCUGUCAUCAAGGCAAAGGGUGGCUAUUUGAAGAAUCUCAAAUAUAAAAUAUAUUUUGAUUUGUUUAACACUUGUUUGGUUACUACAUGAUUCCAUAUGUGUUAUUUCAUAGUUUUGAUGUCUUCACUAUUAGUCUACAAUGUAGAAAAUAGUAAGAAUAAAGAAAAACCGUUGAAUGAGUAGGUGUUCUAAAACUUUUGACCUGUAGUGUAUAUAUUUCCACACUAUGACGGUGGAAUAAUACUGUGAAAUUGUGAAAAUUAUGAUAAUGCAGUUUUAGUGAAGAGCUGUUUGAAAAGAUGGCAUGACAUUUCUGAAUGUUUUGGUGGGAUGGAGUUUUGGCCUGCCUGGUGACAUCACAAGGUGGUUAAUUAGUUGUUAGACCAAUAAGAAAGAGUUCCAAACCUAUGUACCUAUAACAGCUAGUUUUCAGUUUUCCCCUCCCCACUCAGACCACUCCCAGACUGUCCUAGCUAAAUUCUUGCUUGAGAAAUUGCUCUUUGGUAAGAAGCUAUUUUUGUUUCUUUUUGACCAUUUAAAUUGAAAACAAUCACAGUAAGGUACUUAAUUGUUACCCAGAAAUGAUUUGAUAUUGAGAUAAAAACAGCUGUAUUGGACCUUUGAGAAUGAACAAGUAAAUUAGCCUUUAUUGCUGAGAUGGGUUUAGUGAACUACAUUUGCACGAGUAAUAACCUUGACUCGACUGAGACCUGUCAACUCAUUUUAGCUCCCAGAGCUAAUGCCUAGGCUUUAGCUCAAUGGGCUAACAUAGAUCUUGAGUAACAGAGAUGAAUCGGGUUUGAUACCUGGUGUGUUAGAUUAUCAAGACAUUCCAUUCACAUGUAAGAAUUUGACUCUAAAGGCAGAGACAUUUAUUUCUGCUUCUCUCGUGGAACGAGGACGUUUAGGGGCUGGGGAGAAAACGCAACCUUCUUCCCGUACAAAAUGUCGAAAUGACAUCAGUUUGACCAGUUUUAAGGAAAUGAAAAGCUGUGAAAACGAUUAAACAUGUUUUUGAUAAGAUUUCAGUCGGUCUUGGAUGCAUUUAUGUGGUGGAAAUACUGUCAGCUUUUAUGUAACGGAGUCAAUGCUGAAAAAGACUGUGGUCCCUACCUGUUCAUUCGCAUUCGAUCAAGAAAUGCUGAAAUAAAUAAAUCAUAUUUCUCUACUACUGUUCCCGAGACAAAAUUAACAUUUGGUUUGACCAUUUUAGUGAAUAUUAUAUAAGGCGACAUGUUAUAUGUUAUAUGUUAUAGUCAUACAGUACAGUCAGUGUCCAGAUUUCAGUUACUAUCGGCCGCACCCGUACUUCCACCAUCCUUGUCUUUAAAAAAAUGAAAUAUAACACUCUUAAGAUAAUACUUUCAUUGAAAGAACUGAUUGUUGGCCGGAUAAUUAGGUAGGCCUUGUGUGGGACAAUCCUUACAAUCCCUCACUGUAUGUUGUAUUCCAUAGGCAUAGCCAUAUCACACAGAGGGAAACGUGUACAGUGAUAUUUGAGACAAUCACAAGCUCCUUCAGUAAUACAGUAUUGAAAAGAUUGCAAAUGCCUCAGGUUUUUGGUAGGCAUACAUUAGUGAAUUAUUAUUUUGUUCUACAAUGACUCAGCCUGGUUUCAUAGACUGGACAUAACAUAGUAAACAUAAAUCCAGGACACUCAAAUUAGUGUGAUAUGUUACGUUUGGUAUGGUUACCGAAGGUGGAUGGGUGGGCAAACGUCCAGCAACCCAAAGGUUGCGUGUUCAAAUCUCAUCAUGGACAACUUUAGCUUUUUAACUAAUUAGCAACUUUGCAACUACUUAAUACAGUUUUUUUUUUGUUUUUUUUGUCAUUUAGCAGACACUCUUAUCCAGAGCGACUUACAUGAGCAAUUAGGGUUAAGUGCUUUGCUUAAGGGCACAUCGACAGUUUUUUUCAACCUAGUCAGCUCAGGGAUUAGAACCAGCGACCUUUCGGUUACUGGCACAACACUCUUACCCACUAAGCCACCUGCCGCCCAGUUGAAGUCUGAAGUUUACAUACACUUAGGUUGGAGUCAUUAAAACUUGUUUUUCAACCAAGAAAUAAAAGCUGAAAUAAAUCAUUCUCUCUACUAUUAUUCUGACAUUUCACAUUCUUAAAAUAAAGUGGUGAUCCUAACUGACCUAAGACAGGGAAUUUUACUAGGAUUAAAUGUCAGUAAUUGUGAAAAACUGAGUUUAAAUGUAUUUGGCUAAGGUGUAUGUAAACUUCCGACUUCAACUGUAUAUAUAUUUCUUUACUUUUACCCAUUUUUCUCCCCAAUUUUUAUGAUAUCCAAUUGGUAGUUACAGUCUUGUCUCAUCGCUGCAACUCCCCUACGGACUCGGGAGAGGCGAAGAUUGCGAGCCAUGUUUCCUCUGAAACACGACCCUGCCAAGCCGCGCUGCUACUUGACACACUGCUUGCUUAACCCGAAAGCCAGCUGCACCAGGAAACACUGUCAAACUGGCGACCGAGGUCAGCUUGCAGGCACCCGGCCCGCCACAAGGAGUGGCUAAAGCGCAAUGGGACAAGGAAAUCCCGGCCAGCCAAACCCUCCCCUAACCCGGACGAUGCUGAGCCAAUUGUGCACCGCCUCAUGGGUCUUCCGGUCACGGCUGGCUGGCUGUGACACAGCCUGGGAUCAAACCCGGGGACUACUUAAUACUUUUUAGCUACUUUGCAACUACUUAGCAUGUUAGCUAACCCUUUCCCUAACCUUAACCCUUUAACCUUAACCCUAACCCCUAAUCCCUAGCCUAGCUAACGUUAACCACCUAGCUAACAUAUCAUACAAAAUGGAUGAUGGAUCUUCACAAAUUAAUACAUACCAUACGAAACAUAACAUAUGAUACUAAUUGUAGUGUCCUGGAUUUCCAUUUACUAUGUUACGUCUACCCCUGAGUUCAGGUUGAAUGACUGCCUUUUGCAAAUCUAGCAAUACUAAUGGUGCUUUUCCAUCUAGACUUGCCAGUGUUUGGCUCCAAGUCAGAGCAGGUCCAUCAGAGCCAUGGCCCAGUGAGACACGGGUCCAGGCCCGGGUUUGAUGGAAAUAGAAAAGUCUGAGCCUUUAGGAUAAAAAACUGGGGUAAAUUUUCAGUGGAAAUGCACAAUAACAUCCCAAAUGAGCUUGUGUUUUAAAGAAGCUUAUGAUAAAGGGUAGACAAAGUGUAAAGCCAGCAAUGUAUUUGGCAACAUCAAAAGACUGAAUUGGAUUUGUAACCUCAGAAAGAUAAAGUGUGUAAACCUCAUGAAUGAUUCCUAGAAAAAAUGCACCCCUUCCAGAUAAAGAAGAAAUUCACAAAAGCCUGACAGCACAUAGAUGAUUCUACAGUGAGAAAUCUACACUGAGGGUACAAAACAUUAGAAACACCUGCUCUUUCCAUUACAUACUGUAGACUGACCAGGUGAAUCAAGGUUUUCUUAAUGUUUUGUACACUCAGUGAAUAUUAUACUACAGGCCACUUACUUGUGUUUGCUAUUUUUCUGUGUUGGCAAUAUCGUUUAUAUCGUUAUUGUGUGAUGUUAUUUUGUUUAGAAUGAUUAUUGCCCCAGAGAGAAGGCUUCAUGAAUCUAAGAAAGAUGUGUUACCUAAACAUAACCAUCAGAUGUCUCUAUUUUCCACAGAUGGUUCAUGUUUUUGACAAACUUCCUGGGUUCAAAGAUCUUCGUGUUUUGGGAUUUCGGUUCGUUGAACUUCGGUAGGUUGUUCAAUGAACUGUGAAAGUACUAAGAAGUGAGCCAAAUCUUUCAUUUAAUUGAACAGGCUCCAUUAGACAUAGCAUCACUGUUCAGAGAGUGUGUUGUAUAUGUCAUUAGCAAAGGAAAAACAAAGCAGUGUUAUAUUAGCCAGAGGUCUUUCAAACUUUGGUCUUUGCUUUAAUUGCUAAAAUGCUAAGCUAAUAAAUACUGUGAGAAAGACAUACUAUUUCUCCAAUAUAAGCUCUGCUUUGUUGACAGAUCUGAUGAUAUGUCAGUCCGCUAUGCUGUGGUGUUUGAGACGAAUGGAGAAGACCAUGAAGAAGAAUCUAUUUCCACUAUAGAACCAGGCACAGGGACAGGGACAGUUGUUUACACAAAUGGACACAGACUGAAGGAUAUGGUUUACAUGGCCUUAAACGUGGAGACGUCCCUGCCUGUGGACAUACAUACACUCAGUUUUGAACCGGGUAAGCUUAAUUUAAAGCUCAGGUCAAAUGGGAUAUAAUCAUUGAGGAGAUGCUAACUUUUCAUUUUCCCCCUUCAGAUCCCACUGUUUCUCUAAGAGAGGAGUUGGAGGCGACAACCUUGGAAACCUUGCCAGAGGAGGGUGUCGGGCACACUGAAGUUUUCUUCCCAACUGUUGCUGUUGGAGAGGACUAUCUUGAGGCUUUUACAGACACACCUGAGGAAUACACCAUUGUGCCUUUCAGUGACUCAGUUAUUGUUCUUCCUGCUGAGGCUACCACUGGCUCAACCCCAGAUACCCCCACUGUGGAUAUUAGUGAGGGUCCUCCCUCAGUAGAAGCAGUAGAGGAGACUGUAGUGGAUGCUAGAGAUGAGACACUUGAUGAAGAGGCUACAGAUGAGACGCUUGGCAUAGAGGAGCCUCCAGUGGAUGUUACAGAGGAGAUGAUUGAGGUAGAGGAAACUGUGGAUGCCACUGAGGAGACAAUUAAUGUAAAGCCUGCAGAGGAUGCCACUGAGGAGACACUUGAUAUAGAGGAGACUGUAGAUGCGAGACAAGACUACCUUUGGGUUUGGCCACCAGUAACAACACUGGCGGCCAUUAUGGAACAGCCUGCCACUGAGGAGACACUUGAUGUAGAAGAAACUGUGGAUGCAACAGAAGAAGACAACCUUUGGGUUUGGCCACCAGUAACAACACUGGCGGCCAUUACGGAACAGCCUGCCACUGAGGAGACACUUGAUGUAGAGGAAACUGUGGAUGCGACAGAAGAAGACUACCUUUGGGUUUGGCCACCAGUAACAACACUGGCGGCCAUUACGGAACAGCCUGCCACUGAGGAGACACUUGAUGUAGAAGAAACUGUGGAUGCGACAGAAGAAGACUACCUUUGGGUUUGGCCACCAGUUACAAGAACAUCCGUUAUGGAACAGCCUACCACCAAACUGAUUACUCUCUUUCCUCCUGAGAAAGAUGCUGAUGAGGAAACCCUCCCAACUGUUGAACCUGAGGAAGAUGAAGGUAACAUUCCUCUUAUAACGCGAGUGACUACAUUUAUGGGAGCAUUUUUUGAUUUUAAUUUCAAUCUUUUUGAUUGAAAUGGAUUUGUAUGUCAUUUUCUGAUAUUUUUGAUUUUCUUUGAAAGGACCCACAACUACUGAGGCGGCUUUAGACGAGCAACCGGACAGAGAAAAUCUAAUUAUCACCACUACAGCAUAUCAAGAUAUAGAACCUGCAUCCAUCAAAACAUUUACCACUGCUACACAAUCACAAACCAUGCCUUCAUCUGAGGAUGACAUCAUCCAAGCAGAGCCAGAGGAAGUACCCUCAGCAUCUAUUCCCGCUAUAGCCCCUGGACCUUCAGAAGGAGGGGACACCGUCCGAGAACAGGAACCACUUGAGACGGCCGUGGAUAUCUCUACUGAUGACUCGGACAUGCAGGAGGAUGUAGAAAAGGUAGAAAAGGACGGUACAGAAGCCGCUGAUAUGCUGGACGAGUUUGGCAGUGGAUUGGAAGGUCCAUUUGAGUCCACUGCAGCCCCCGGACUCAGACACAUGCGCACCCCUUUAAUGGCCACUACUGAAAAGGCCAAAGAGAUGGUGGUGUUCUUUAGUUUGCGAGUCACUAACAUUAUGUUUUCCGAGGACCUGUUCAACAAGAGCUCUCCUGAGUACAUGUCAUUGGAGAAUACCUUUCUUGAGCUGGUAGGUAAAUACAAUUUUGUGCUCGAUAUUGUGUUUCUGCAUGCCUUGUUGUCAUACCUGUAUUUUUAACUCCAAACUCUUCUUUCAAACUGUUUGAUAAUCUAAUUGUGCAGUAAGUAAUGGUUGGAUGUGGUUUGAAGUGAUACCUCAGUAAGAACUAAAGAUUUGAGUAGCCCCAAGUGACAAGGGGCAAUUUUUUUUCCGUAGACAAGUGUUGACAUACUGUAAGCCUUAAAGGCGUCUGCAUACUAGGUUCGGUUUGCUCCUAGCAGAACUCGGCUAGGCGAAGCGAACAUCUGUGCCUCGCAUACUCCCUUAAAUAUACAAAUUACUGUUUGUCCCUCUUGAGACGCCGUACAACAACAUAGCCAUAACACUUCCUCAAAAUAGUCUGAACUAUUCUAAAAUAAAUCAAGAAAUCUGUAAUUAAUGUUGAAGUUUUUGCAGAGGAGGUCUUAGUUGCACAAUUUUACAUCUAACUAAGAUGUUUGGUGUAGUACUUCUCAAGCGAUUUAAAUGUGCAUGAAAACUGAUAGUCUUCUUCUAUGGUAUAUUGGCGAUCGCACAAUUUAAUGUGCAAUCUUCUACCUACUGUGCGGGAUGGAAACAAGAUUCCCCAAAAUUGAACAAAAUACCCCCCCAAAAAACUACCAAACUACCAAAAAAUUAAUAAAUAAACUAAAUCAAACAACUUUUCUGUUAAAAAUUUUAACAGAUUCGAUCCCUACACAGGCUCAAGGGGAACCUGGGAGGGCGGGUCUUCCGGCGCCAGUACCCCUUGCAAGUUUUCAGAUGUAAAAUCCUUAAGUCACAAUAAUGUCCAGUUUCUUAGACUUCUUUCAGACUUGUGUCGUACAGUUUAUAACUGUGGGAAUGAAUUCCACAAAAUCCACCUUUUAACACACAGGGUAUCUUUUGUCUGGCAGCAAACAUUUACUACAGGCUGUGGUGUGUCCACUACCAUAUCUUCACUAGCAUCACUUGUUUUCUCAAUUAUUUUAAUCACCUCCACAUAGGAGGUUCGAUUGACCGCUCAAAACUUUUGCAACCUCAAUCUCCUUCACCCAUUUUCCUGAAGCCAUCUUUUUCCUGAACCGGAACCGUAGUCCUCAAAACUUGUCGUCUCUCGUUGAAUGACAACAAACACUUAAUUGAAGAUUCCCUACUGUUGACCAAUCACGAUGAAUGGGCGUAGACUUCAGCUACCGAACUUCGGCUUGUCUCAAGAAAAAAUAGGGUGUGCUCAAACAGUCCCCCCAAAAAUUGCCGAACACCAAAACGCUGUCAUAAUAUAUGCGCAAACUGUUUAGAUUGGGAUGCAUACGGUAAGCUUUAUCCUCACUGGUGCUAUAUCUUAAUACAUUGGUGGAGAGUUCUCAGAGUUCAUCACAAGACCUGUCCAUAUAAAAACUGGCUACAUUUUGUUUGACUUAAAACCAUUUCUCUGAGCCCAGACACUCGCCAAUUCCUGGAGCCAGUAAAUUGAGGACUAGAAGACAGAGGACGUUAGCUUCAAUACCGGUAUUUCCAUAUUGGAACUAUAUCUUCCCAAGCCUCAGAGAGAGCAUGACCUAUUUACUUUCUAUAUUUUCUGUACAUAGCUUCAUACAGCUCAAAAAAUAAUUAGAAUCUACUAUUUGCUUUCUUUGACUAACAUUUGCCUGUGAGUUGCACUUACCAAAAAGUUACAUCUCUACAACCAUGACUUGUCAAUGGUGUGAUAUCAAUCACCAAAGUUGACACUUUGGUUUAAUGAUACAUACCUGCAGUUUCUGAAAUGCACUUUUAGUAAUCAGUCUAAAGAUUGAUUACUAAAUUACGAUUUCUUAGCUGAUUGUUCGUCUGAAUCUUUCCCUUAUUUUGUCUUCUAUGUUGUUUAUUUUGUCUAAGACAUUGACAAAGUGUAUUUGCUUUAAUCCUGUGCAUUCUCAUUGGUGAUAAGAGUUAACUAAUGGCAAAGAGGUUUGUUCAUUAAUGAACCAUGUCUCAGGAUGUGUAUAGAAUCUUUAGGUCUGUCCACUAAGAUUUGCCAAAGUUUUAUUAGGUAAAGAAAUUAGGAGGAAUGGCUGUUUCAGGUACAAAACAGUGUAUAGUUAUGGCAAUAUGGGUAGUGUGUGUGCAAAGCACUAUCUCUUUGUAUUCUCAAUUUAUAUGCAUCACAAUGUUUGUAUUAAAUUCUGACUAGUGUGCAUGCUUGCUUUAGCUUGCUACAUACAUUUGAAAGAGGCAUUGUGGUAAAGGAAAAUAUUGUUUUCAUAUGUUGGCUACUUAUGUGUGCAUACGUCUGAGUAGGACUGUAGUAGUGGAUGAAUUGUGCAUAUGGUUUGAUGAACUGAACAAGUGCCUGAUAUUGCGAAAACAGGAAAGUCUCAAUCUUUUGUUCCAUGAUCGGAGUGAGCUUUGUUCAACUCCCUCAUAGCUAACUGUAUGUGGACAGCCCUGGGUGGUCUUAAUCAGGGGACCCAGUACUAAAGGCAAUGUUUGCCUCAGGGGGUUUCUGACUGAGUAAGAGGCUUUAGGUAAUUCUGGUUAGCACAAGCACCACACAUGUUUUACAAUAGUAAGUAUUUAGUCAGCCACCAAUUGUGCAAGUUCUCCCACUUAAAAAGAUGAGAGAGGCCUGUAAUUUUCAUCAUAGGUACACGUCAACUAUGACAGACAAAAUGAGAAAAAAAUAUCCAGAAAAUCACAUUGUAGGAUUGUUAAUGAAUCUAUUUACAAAUGAUGGUGGAAAAUAAGUAUUUGGUCAAUAACAAAAGUAUCUCAAUACUUUGUUAUAUACCCUUUGUUGGCAAUGACACAGGUCAAACGUUUUCUGUAAGUCUUCACAAGGUUUUCACACACUGUUGCUGGUAUUUUGGCCCAUUCCUCCAUGCAGAUCUCAUGUAGAGCAGUGAUGUUUUGGGGCUGUCGCUGGGCAACACAGACUUUCAACUCCCUCCAAAGAUUUUCUAUGGGGUUGAGAUCUGGAGACUGGCUAGGCCACUCCAGGACCUUGAAAUGCUUCUUACGAAGCCACUCCUUCGUUGCCCGGGUGGUGUGUUUGGGAUCAUUGUCAUGCUGAAAGACCCAGCCACGUUUCAUCUUCAAUGCCCUUGCUGAUGGAAGGAGGUUUUCACUCAAAAUCUCACGAUACAUGGCCCCAUUCAUUCUUUCCUUUACACGGAUCAGUCGUCCUGGUCCCUUUGCAGAAAAACUGCCCCAAAGCAUGAUGUUUCCACCCCCAUGCUUCACAGUAGGUAUGGUGUUCUUUGGAUGCAACUCAGCAUUCUUUGUCCUCCAAACACGACGAGUUGAGUUUUUACCAAAAAGUUAUAUUUUGGUUUCAUCUGACCAUAUGACAUUCUCCCAAUCCUCUUCUGGAUCAUCCAAAUGCACUCUAGCAAACUUCAGACGGGCCUGGACAUGUACUGGCUUAAGCAGGGGGACACGUCUGGCACUGCAGGAUUUGAGUCCCUGGGGGCGUAGUGUGUUACUGAUGGUAGGCUUUGUUACUUUGGUCCCAGCUCUCUGCAGGUCAUUCACUAGGUCCCCCCGUGUGGUUCUGGGAUUUUUGCUCACCGUUCUUGUGAUCAUUUUGACCCCACGGGGUGAGAUCUUGCGUGGAGCCCCAGAUCGAGGGAGAUUAUCAGUGGUCUUGUAUGUCUUCCAUUUCCUAAUAAUUGCUCCCACAGUUGAUUUCUUCAAACCAAGCUGCUUACCUAUUGCAGAUUCAGUCUUCCCAGCCUGGUGCAGGUCUACAAUUGUGUUUCUGGUGUCCUUUGACAGCUCUUUGGUCUUGGCCAUAGUGGAGUUUGGAGUGUGACUGUUUGAGGUUGUGGACAGGUGUCUUUUAUACUGAUAACAAGUUCAAACAGGUGCCAUUAAUACAGGUUACGAGUGGAGGACAGAGGAGCCUCUUAAAGAAGAAGAUACAGGUCUGUGAGAGCCAGAAAUCUUGCUUGUUUGUAGGUGACCAAAUACUUAUUUUCCACCAUAAUUUGCAAAUAAAUUCAUUAAAAAUCCUACAAUGUGAUUUUCUGGAUUUUUUUUUCUCAAUUUGUCUGUCAUAGUUGAUGUGUACAUAUGAUGAAAACUAUAGGCCUCUCUCAUCUUUUUAAGUGGGAGAACUUGCACAAUUGGUGGCUGACUAAAUACUUUUUCCCCACUGUGUAUAUAUUUACACACUACCAUUCAAAAGUUUGGGGUCACUUAGAAAUGUCCUUGUUUUUUAAAGAAAAGCUAUUUUUUUGUCCAUUAAAAUAACAUCAAAUUGAUCAGAAAUACAGUGUAGACAUUGUUAAUGUUGUAAAUGGCUAUUGUAGCUGGAAACUGCUAAUUUUUUAUGGAAUAUCUCACUGUCAAAUGCUCCCAAAAACACUUCAGCGAGCAGGCCUUCCUAAUUGACCUGGCCCAGGUAUCCUGGAUGGAUAUAGAUCUCAUUCCAUCAGUAGAGGAUGCCUGGUUGUUCUAUAAAAGUAAUUUCCUCUCAAUCUUAAAUAGACAUGCCCCAUUCAAAAAAUACAGAACUAAGAAAAGAUAUAGCCCCUGGUUCUCCUCAGAAUUGACUGCCCUUGACCAGCACAAAAACAUCCUGUGGCGUACUGCAUUAGCAUCAAAUAGCCCCCGCGAUAUACAACUUUUCAGGGAAGUUAGGAACCAAUAUACACAAGCAGUUAGGAAAGCAAAGGCUAACUUUUUCAAACAGAAAUUUGCAUCCUGUAGCACUAACUCCAAAAAGUUUUGGGACACUGUAAAGUCCAUGGAAAAUAAGAGCACUUCCUCCCAGCUGCCCACUGCACUGAGGCUAGGAAACACUAUCACCACCGAUAAAUCUACAAUAAUCGAGAAUUUCAACAAGCAUUUUGCUACGGCUGGCCAUGCUUUCCACCUGGCUACCACUACCCCGGCCACCAGCUCUGCACCCUCCUCUGCAACUUGCCCAUGGCCCCCCCGCUUCUCCUUCACACAAAUCCAGACAGCUGAUGUUCUAAAAGAGCUGCAAAAUCUGGACCCCUACAAAUCACCUGGGCUAGACAAUCUGGACCCUUUCUUUCUAAAAACUAGCCGCCGAAAUUGUCGCAACCCCUAUUACUAGCCUGUUCAACCUCUCUUUCGUAACGUCUGAGAUCCCCAGAGAUUGGAAAGCUGCCGCGGUCAUCCCCCUCUUCAAAGGGGGUGACACUCUAGAUCCAAACUGUUACAGACCCAUAUCCAUCCUGCCCUGCCUUUCAAAAGUUUUUGAAAGCCAAGUCAACAAACAGAUCACCGACCAUUUCGAAUCCCACAGUACCUUCUCCGCUAUGCAAUCCGGUUUCUGAGCUGGUCAUGGGUGCACUUCAGCCACGCUCAAGGUCCUAAACGAUAUUAUAACCGCGAUCGAUAAUAGACAGUACUGUGCAGCCGUUUUCAUUGACCUGGCCAAGGCUUUCGACUCUGUCAACCACCGCAUUCUUAUUGGCAGACUAAAUAGCCUUGGUUUCUCAAAUGACUGCCUCGCCUGGCUCACCAACUACUUCUCAGAUAGAGUUCAAUGUGUCAAAUCGGAGGGCAUGUUGUCUGGACCUAUGGCAGUCUCUAUGGGGGUGCCACAGGGUUCAAUUCUUGGGCCGACUCUUUUCUCUGUGUAUAUCAAUGACGUCGCUCUUGCUGCUGGUGACUCUCAGAUCCACCUCUACGCAGACGACACCAUUUUGUAUACAUCUGGCCCUUCAUUGGACACUGUGUUAACAAACCUCCAAACGAGCUUCAAUUCCAUACAACACUCCUUCAGUAGCCUCCAACUGCUCUUAAACACUAGUAAAACUAAAUGCAUGCUCUUCAACCGAACGCUGCUUGCACCCGCCCACCCGACUAGAAUCACUACACUCGACGGGUCUGACCUAGAGUAUGUGGACAACUACAAAUAUCUAGGUGUCUGGUUAGACUGUAAACUCUCCUUCCAGACUCACAUUAAGAAUCUCCAAUCCAAAGUUAAAUCUAGAAUCGAUUUCCUAUUUCGCAACAAAGCCUCCUUCACUCAUGCUGCCAAACAUGCCCUCGUAAAACUGACUAUCCUACCGAUCCUUGACUUCGGCGAUGUCAUUUACAAAAUAGCCUCCAACACUCUACUCAGCAAAUUGGAUGUAGUCUAUCACAGUGCCAUCCGUUUUGUCUCCAAAGCCCCAUAUAAUACCCACCACUGUGACCUGUACGCUCUUGUUGGCUGGUCCUCACUAUAUAUUAGUCGCCAAACCCACUGGCUCCAGGCCAUCUAUAAAUCACUGCUAGGCAAAUCCCCGCCUUAUCUUAGCUCAUUGGUCACCAUAGCAACACCCACCCGUAGUCUGCGCUCCAGCGGGUAUAUAUUACUGGUCAUCGCCAAAGCCAACACCUCCUUUGGCCGCAAUUCCUUCCAGUUCUCUGCUGCCAAUGACUGGAACAAAUUGCAAAAAUCUCUGAAGCUGGAGACACUUAUCUCCCUCACUAACUUUAAGCAUCAGUUGUCAGAGCACCUUACCGAUCACUGCACCUGUACACAGCCCAUCUGAAAUUAGCCCGCCCAACUACCUCAUCCCUAUAUUGUUAUUUAUUUUGCUCAUUUGUACCCCAGUAUCUCUAUUUGCACAUCAUCUCUUGCACAUCUAUCAUUCCAGUGUUAAUACUAAUUGUAAUUAUUUUGCACUAUAGCCUAUUUUAUUGCCUUACCUCCAUAACUUGCUAAAUUUGCACACACUGUAUAUAUAUGUAUUUCUGUUGUAUUUUUUUGACUUUGUUUUUUUUUACCCCAUAUGUAACUCUGUGUUGUUGUUUUUAUCGCACUGCUUUGCUUUAUCUUGGCCAGGUCGCAGUUGUAAAUGAGAACUUGUUCUCAACUGGUUUACCUGGUUAAAUAAAGGUGAAAUAAAUAAAAUAAAAUAAAAGUGGGGGAAAAAAGUAUUUAGUCAGCCACCAAUUGUGCAAGUUCUCCCACUUAAAAAGAUGAGAGAGGCCUGUAAUUUUCAUCACAGGUACACGUCAACUAUGACAGACAAACAUAGCAAGGUUAUUGCUACACGGACCUAGCUUACGCAAAGCAGAGAGUUAAGACCACAGCACAGCGAGGAUUGCUAACUUGUUGAUUUGAAAUGUUUAGACUAAUGGAUUUAUCUGAGAAAUGCACCUGUCUAGCAGUCCAUUUGCUGGAGGCCUUAAUAUAGUAUGGAGCAUGGUGCUCUGUUUGUGCGGUGAAGGACGUUUACUGUGUGUGGAGCAUGGUGCUCUGUUUGUGUGGUAAAUGAGGUUGUAUGAGGCCCAUAGUGACCUGGCCCUCUGCCUGCCAGUGAUAAGUGGAGUAACCAGAUCAGAUAGAGCUCCUUAAUGCCUCUUAUCUCUUUGUAUACAGGCAUGGAACAGCUGAGUUAAGGCACCGUAGUCUCUCCACAGUAAUUGGUUUUCCUGCAGUUACUUGUCUAAAUGCAGGUACCUUACUCUUGAAGACGGAGAGAGCAGCUAUAAUAGCAAUGCUCAGUCUGUUAUUCUCGCUGGGAGUCAGGGCCAUUUUUGAAAUUGCCAAUCACGUUUUAAAAAUGGAUGAUAAAUGGAGAUGCCAUAGAUAUGGCUAGAAGAUUGAGCUUGACAGAUUUGAGAUUGUUCUGGUGGAUUUGAACUGUUGUAUUGUUGGUUUUUGUAUUUGUUUCUUGGACAGAUUUUCAUAGACAGAUUUGUUGUCGUACAGGUCUCAAUGGCCUUGCAUUCUCGGUUUCUUAUAUUUGAACCUUUUAUCUGCUUGACUGUCCAUAACACCUUACAUAAUAGUUGCUAACUAAUGCUUGGUUGUGUGCUACAUUUAGUAAUGUUGAUAAUUUCCUUCUUUUAAUUUGCACAAUUGUAUUAUUGUGAUGAAUGAGAUUAUGUAUACAUGCAUUUCAUCAGUAAACACCCUGACCUGAAUACAACUGUUCAGAUGUAAAACUGACAGACUGUAACUGUGGUCCUCUAGAGCGUUUGACAUGUUCCAGAUAUGGCUCUCCCAAUCUUGGUCCUGGGAGGAAACAGAUGUGCAGUUUGUUUAAAUGACUCCAAACUGUGGAAUGAGAGGUAAAACAUGAAACAUAUAAAACAUUAAAUUGAACUUUUAUCCUCCCAGGAGCCAGAUUAAUUCACUAGUCCUUCAUGGAGAUUGGUGAUGAUUUUAAGAUGACUUUCAUGUAAAAUACUGUAUGCCAAAUUGUCUUACUGUGUCCCAAAUUACCAUAAUAAUUUCUAAUCUAAAUGGUAUAUUUGCCAUAAUUUGAUUUGAUUUCCCAACUAGCCAACCAACACCAUUUCCUCCUUGAAACUAAAAGCGAAUCAAAUCAGAUGGUUUUGAAUGUCAACAGAAUUAGUUGUCAAAUUACCAUGAGAGAGUGGAAUGACAAAUGUGACUAAAAGAAAAUUGCUGAAGCGUCAAAUUUGUGCUCUAUACAUAUUACAUGUGUUCUCUCCCCUCUUUUCCAGCUUCUCCCAUAUCUGCAAUCUAAUUUGACAGGAUUUAAGCAAUUGGAAAUCCUCAACUUCAGGAAUGGCAGUGUUGUGGUGAACAGCAAGAUGAAAUUAGACAAAGAUGUGCCACAUAACAUGACAAAGGCUGUGCACUGUGUGCUCGAAGACUUCUGCAACACUGCAUCUAAACGACUAGACAUUGAGAUUGACAGUCGCUACCUGGACAUAGAACCUGGUAAGAUAUCUCUAUAUUGAAAGUUCUCACUGUCCUAUGUGAUGGGGGAUAUCAUAGACAGAAUCAGCUCCUAUCUAAGUUAUGGCAUACUAGAGGUCCCAAGUCUUAAUUAUACUGUACUUCUAGAAUGUUCAAUCUGGAAAGGUCAAAAGAAUGCAUGCCACAGCUUUGUCCUCUGCGAAUCAUGUGAAAAAUAAUUAUUCUCUACUAAAGCCUCACAAGCACUUCUCUGGCUGAACCCUAAUCACCUGCACCUUAUUUAAAGCAGACGCCUUCAUUCACAUCAAUCAACGUGUCCUCUAGUUUGUCCUUUGCAUGUGAGGACAAUGAAGGAACAAAACAGGGAGAGACAGGUGGACAGCAUUUCAUUAAUGCAAAUGAAUUAUCUUCUUACUCGUUUCAGCGGACCAAGCAAAUCCCUGCAAGUUCUUGGCCUGCAAUGAGUUUUCCCAAUGUAUGGUAAACAGUUGGACUGAGGAGGCUGAGUGUUUGUGUGAUCCUGGCUACAGCACUAUGGAUGGCCUGCCCUGCCAGAGUAUUUGUAACCUAGAUCCAGACUACUGCUUCAACGGGGGCCUUUGUGAAAUCAUCCAGGGCCAUGGAGCCACCUGCAGGUACCACCGAGCUAACUGAUCAAGCAAACAGAGAUAGCUAUGGUCUCACCAGUGGAGGCUGCUGAGGGGAGGACGGCUCAUAAUAAUGGCUGGAAUGGAGCAAAUGGAAUGGCAUCAAACCAUGUUUGAUGUAUUUGAUAUCAUUCCACUCACACCACUCCAGCCAUUACCACCAACCCGUCCUCCCCAAUUAAGGUGCCACCAACCUCCUGUGGUCCUCACCAUCUAUAAACUGAAACACUGGCAACAUAUCAGCUCUUCUUGAUGUUGUCUAGCAGUAAAAAACAUCUGUCAACUCUGCAAGAUUCCCUUCGUAUUCAACAGUGCUCCAGCAUGUGCCUUGAGGCAUUUUGAUGUAUUGAGAUAUACCUUUUUUACUGUAGCUGAUAGAGUUGACUCUAAUCCUGUUUUCUCUUUAACAUUUAGAUGUCCUGUAGGGAAAUACUGGCACUACCACGGAGUGCGCUGCAAUGAGCUCGUGUUGCUGCCUGUAGACCCAACCAUUUUCAUAGCCUGCCUGGUGGGAAGCCUCACCUUGGUUUGUGCCAUCAUAGGCAUCUUGGUUUUCAUAAACAAGAAAUGUAUCGGGACCCGAAAGACCAUGAAUUUGGUGUAAGCAGGUUUUUUAAACCUUUUUAUUUGUUUUAGAGCCAAUAGCUCUACCAGUUGUUGUUUUACAGCUUGGUUAUUCCAGUCCUAUCUGCUUUAUAUUAUAGACAUACGCUUGUUCCCUAUGACUUUGAGAACACAUUGAGAGUGAAUCCUGUUUUUGAAAAUGACGAUGGUGUCUUGACUCAAGUAUCCAGCAUAAGUACACCACCAGCCUGGAGAAGUGGUGCUGGUUCUUCCCAAACAGAGCAAGAAGCUUUUUGCUCAAUUGAAAAUAUACAUCUAAGUAUUAAGGUUAAUCUCUAUAGCUCAAUUGGCCCCAUGUUCUAAACAAACUAAUACAAACCUUAAGCAAUCACCUAAUAUCUACUAAUUCUGCUUAUGACAAAUGAUAAUUGAGUCCCAGGAAACAACUUAGUAGUCUAUAGUAAGAAUAGGGUUGCCAAAAUUAGAAAAAAGGAGAGCUUAAAUCUUUGUGAUUUAAAGUAAAGCUUUAAUGAAGUAAAGUACUCACAACAAAAAUGUUUCUGUGGUAUAUCUUAAAAAUCUCCAGAACAGAUUACAUAAGAAAGGCUUAAGAAAACACUCAGUGAGCACGCAACGUAUUGCCUGAGGAAGACCAAUAGGUUGAAACACGAUGCGUGCGCUCCGAGUAUUUGUUAUGUGAUACGUUUUAUUUUUUCAAGAUGCAGCCCAGAUAAAGCACUAAGUACUUUCCUUCACUAAAUCUCUAUUUUGAAUGGCAAAGAAGCUCUUUCCUCUUAUUUUGCAUGAUCUGCUCUUUUCCACUCUCUUAUGGUAUCAACAAACAUUUGGGGUGGUUAGUUCCUUCAAUAAACUCUGAAGGAACACUUUUCUGCUUCAUUGUACAGUGUAAUAUACUUUCAUACACUAAACCCAUGCAAUAAUAUCCUCAUGAUACAGUAUCCAUGAAAUUGGUUGAACCCUCAAUGAUACUGUUAAGAGAUUAAAUGUCUGUCUAUAUAUCAAUUCUUAAAAUAUCCAAGUCAUGUGCAUGCAUUUCAAUUCCCUUGCACAUAUUUUGGCCAGAUUAUAUAUGUAUUGUAUUGCAGUGAUUUUACUAGAGAUCCUUUGUGGUGAGUCAUGAUCAAUGUACCCCAAAACAUCCAAGCCCUGGUUAAUUUGAGGUCAGACAUUUAAAGACUAUUACAGUAAAUGUGGUGCAGUGUCAAGAGAAUACUCUGUCAAACCAUGCUGGGAAGGCAAAAGGGGAUACCUAGUCAGUUGCACAACUGAAUGCAUUCAACCUAAAUGUGUCUUUCGCAUUUAACCCAAACGCUCUGAAUCAAAGAGGUGCGGGGGGCUGCCUUAAUCGACGUCCACGUCAUCGGCGCCUGGGGAGCAGUUGUUGGGGGUUAACUGCCUUGCUCAAGGGCAGAAUGGUAGAUUUUCCUACCUUGCUGGGGAUUCAAACCAGCGACCUUUCGGUUACUGGCCCAACAAUCUUAAACACUAGCCUACCUUUAGUAAUAGAGCCAGGCACUUGUAGAUGUCCGCUGUAAUACCCAUUUAUCGUCAUUGCAGAAAAAUAUUACCCAACCUCCACCCUCAAUGAUGUCUCCCCUUGAAAUGAUAUUUAGUGCCAAACGCUUGCCUUUGCUCACCCUUUUAAAACGCUUCUAGUGAGUUCCUUGUGAACUAUGAACAGUGUAAAGCUGUGUUUCUCUGAUGCUUUUUCACAGAUCCCCAGACAGCUCUACACAACCAGACACGACAAGCUAGUCUCUGAAAUGGUAGAUUUACAUCCCUGUAUACCACACAACAAGGUAAGGCCAAAAAUCGGAUCUUGGGAUCAGUUUGAAUGAGUCAUAUUGUACCAUGUGCAAAUAUGUUUUUAUAUUACUUUAAAUACUUUCUAGGAAAAGCAUUUAAAAGCAUUAGAAGGUAAGACGUUAAUUGAUAAGGUUGAUUCUGAUUUAUUACUUAACCAAAUCAUCUUUUUGAGCUUUCAAUUGUAUUUCUUCAAAUCAAAAAGUAUGAUUCAGAAAAUGUAAAAGUAAAUCAGUGGUAGUGACAUUUUCCAUCUAACAUGAGCAUAAUUACUUAUCAGUAGGAAUUCUUUAAAAAUGGAUGUGAAUGAUAAUUGCAAUAUUACUGCAUGCUAAAGCAGAAUUAUUCACCAAUUGAUUGUGUGCAAGAUAACCUAAAAACAAUCAUAACAUGUAUUGUUUGUAAUAUAUGUAAAUUAUAUGGAAUUAGUCUGGCAUGCUAUAAUCAGCUGUUUGAAAGUCAUUAAGAGAUCAUUUCACCUUGACAUUUAGCACAUAUUAAUUUAUUUUAAGUGGGUGUUAAUAAUGACAUACUGUUAAGUAUGUAUCAUUUAACUAUGUUAAUUGAGGUAUAUUUAUAUAAUUUACCACUAUUUUGGAUAUAAUAUUUCACCUGUCAAUAUGAUUACAAAUGUUAUAUGCAAUUUGUGACAUGGAAUAACAUUUGGUAUACCCUUUGUCACUUGUCCCCUUUUCAGAUGUGGCGACCACCAAAUGAAUACCGAACUUGUUGCCUGUUAAGGGCUUCAGAUAACGAAUGCUUUGAGGAAACUGUUCUUUGA